AUGCUAUACGACCCCUACUACUUCUACCUCUCCCUCUCAGCAACCACAAUGUCAACCCCGCUCGUAACCCCCACCCUCCUCACCGCCGAGGACGCAGCCUUCGAGCUGGAAAAAGCAUCCAUAACAUCGUAUGAGCAAGGAUGGGAUAGAUGGGAUGGACCUGUUUGGCCGGUUGGAUAUGUACAGUGCAGUAUGCAGAUAGAUGGGUAUGUGAGACCCAGGGUUGCGAUUGAGGGGGUGGAUGAUGUGAAGGCUUAG